CCGCCGCCGGGUUUGGCGCUCUGUUGUCCGGAGCUGAAGAAGAGGAGGAGGAGGAGGAAGAGGAAAGAAGAAGAAGGGAGAAGUGAGAAGUGAGCGAGGCGGCGUGACGGGCGGAGAGAAGAGAGAGGGACGCCGCGGGGCCGGCAAGGAGCGGGAUAAUCAUGGGUCAAACUGGAAAGAAAUCUGAGAAGGGACCAAUUUGCUGGCGAAAACGUGUAAAAUCAGAAUAUAUGCGACUGAGACAGCUCAAGAGAUUCAGAAGAGCAGAUGAAGUAAAGAGUAUGUUUAAUUCUAACCGUCAGAAGAUACAAGAAAGAACAGAAAUCUUAAAUCAAGAAUGGAAACAACGCCGGAUACAACCUGUACACAUCAUGACUUCUGUGAGCUCAUUGCGUGGGACCAGGGAGUGUUCCGUCACCAGUGACUUGGAUUUUCCAAAGCAAGUAAUCCCUCUCAAGACUCUGAAUGCUGUUGCCUCUGUACCCAUAAUGUAUUCUUGGUCCCCUCUUCAGCAGAAUUUUAUGGUAGAAGACGAGACAGUUUUACAUAAUAUUCCUUACAUGGGGGAUGAAGUACUUGAUCAGGAUGGAACAUUUAUUGAAGAAUUGAUAAAAAACUAUGAUGGGAAGGUGCAUGGUGACAGAGAAUGUGGAUUCAUCAAUGAUGAGAUAUUUGUGGAGCUGGUCAAUGCUCUUGGUCAGUAUAGUGAUGAUGAUGAUGAUGAUAAUGAUGAUGAUGAAGAUGAAGAAGAAGAUGAUGAUGACGAUGAUCAUCUUGACAGGAGAGAUGAGAAGCAGAAAAAUCAGGAGAGCAACCAAAUAGACAAAGAAAGUCAUCCUCCUCGGAAAUUUCCUUCUGAUAAGAUAUUUGAAGCCAUUUCAUCAAUGUUUCCAGAUAAGGGCACAGCAGAGGAACUGAAAGAAAAAUACAAAGAACUCACAGAACAGCAGCUUCCGGGAGCUCUACCUCCUGAGUGCACACCAAACAUUGAUGGACCAAAUGCCAAAUCUGUUCAGAGAGAGCAGAGUCUGCACUCGUUUCAUACCCUCUUCUGUAGACGAUGUUUCAAAUAUGAUUGCUUCCUACACCCGUUUCAUGCAACUCCUAACACUUACAAACGGAAAAAUACAGAAAUGGCAAUAGAUAACAAACCUUGUGGGCCACACUGUUAUCAACAUCUGAGUAAUUCCUGUAUAUGGCAACAGGAGAUAAAUCAUACUUGGAUGACUCCUUCUUGGCUAGAAGCCUUCACAGAAGGAGCCAAAGAGUUUGCAGCUGCUUUAACAGCUGAGCGCAUAAAAACACCACCAAAGCGCCCAGGGGGUCGCCGAAGAGGAAGGCUCCCAAAUAACACAAGCAGACCUAGCACUCCGACUAUAAAUGUGCUGGAAUCCAAGGAUACAGAUAGUGACAGAGAAGCUGGAACUGAAACUGGAGGUGAAAAUAAUGACAAGGAGGAGGAGGAGAAGAAGGAUGAGACUUCAAGCUCCUCUGAAGCAAAUUCUAGGUGCCAGACACCAAUCAAGAUGAAACCAAAUACUGAGCCUCCUGAGAAUGUUGAGUGGAGUGGUGCAGAAGCAUCAAUGUUCAGAGUUCUGAUUGGUACUUACUAUGACAAUUUCUGUGCAAUUGCCAGAUUAAUUGGGACCAAAACAUGUAGGCAGGUGUAUGAAUUUAGAGUAAAGGAAUCUAGUAUUAUUGCUCCUGCGCCUGCUGAAGAUGUUGAUACUCCCCCAAGAAAGAAGAAGAGGAAACACAGGUUGUGGGCCGCUCAUUGCAGGAAGAUACAGCUGAAGAAGGACGGGUCAUCCAAUCAUGUUUACAAUUACCAGCCAUGUGAUCACCCACGUCAGCCUUGUGACAACUCGUGUCCUUGUGUCAUUGCUCAGAACUUUUGCGAGAAAUUCUGUCAGUGCAGUUCAGAAUGCCAAAACAGGUUUCCUGGAUGCCGAUGCAAAGCACAAUGCAACACAAAGCAGUGCCCUUGUUACUUGGCUGUACGGGAAUGUGAUCCAGAUCUCUGCUUAACUUGUGGAGCAGCUGACCACUGGGAUAGCAAAAAUGUCUCCUGUAAAAAUUGCAGCAUUCAGCGAGGAUCGAAAAAGCAUUUGCUGCUAGCACCUUCUGAUGUGGCAGGCUGGGGCAUUUUCAUUAAGGAUCCAGUGCAAAAAAAUGAAUUUAUUUCUGAAUAUUGUGGUGAGAUUAUUUCUCAGGAUGAAGCAGAUAGAAGAGGAAAAGUGUAUGACAAAUACAUGUGCAGCUUUCUGUUCAAUUUGAAUAAUGAUUUUGUAGUUGAUGCAACACGGAAAGGUAACAAAAUAAGAUUUGCGAACCAUUCAGUCAAUCCCAAUUGCUAUGCAAAAGUUAUGAUGGUUAAUGGAGAUCACAGAAUAGGCAUAUUUGCUAAGAGAGCUAUUCAAACCGGUGAAGAACUAUUUUUUGAUUACAGAUACAGUCAGGCUGAUGCCCUUAAGUAUGUAGGUAUUGAAAGAGAAAUGGAAAUCCCUUGAUACCAGCUACCUCCUUUAAAACAGCUGCCUUAUCUUCAGGAAUUUCAAGUACUGUGGGCAAUUUUUUUGAAGAAUGAAUUAAUGCAAUUUGGAAUGCAGAAUUUGCAAUGUACUGUAACUGUAAUUUAUAGUGACAAUUUUUGUAAAAAAAAAACUUAACAAAUUUAUUACCUUCUCAUCAGCUGCAAUACUUUUUGUACCAUUGAAGUUUUGCAAUAAUGCAGUGUGGUACAUUUUUGAACCUUGAAUAAUAAAGGAUACUUGAACUGUGAA